UUGGUUAUUCAUUAACUCAGAUUACCCUUAUUUAGUGCCUACCAUGUACCUGGCCUUGGGGAUACCAAGAUAAUAAGACCUGGUGUAUGUCAUACUUUAGUUGGAGAGGUAGUCACAAAGGUAGUAACUAUAAAGGAGUAAAUAGUUACAAUUCAUAAGCAAUGCAGAAAAAGUGAACAAACAUUUCUGUCAGUCUCUUUGGGAAUCCUUUUCAGAGGAAAAAGUAUUUUAAUUUGGGUGUUUUAACUGCAAGUAUAAGUUUGAAUGUAAGAGAGACCGUAAGCAAAGGUGGUUAUUUUUUCACUGUUUUAGAGGUUGACUGUCCAUACUGCCUUAAAUUUGUAGUGAAAUGAAACUAGUUGUUUUCGUUUGAUUGUGUCUGUGUAUUUUACUCCUUAGAGUUAAAAUUUACUUGGGAAAAGAAGAGUUACGUGUAACUUAGAUUUCGGGGUUAAAAUAUGACUAGUAUGUGUCAGUUACCUAGAUUCUCAAGCUUUUCAUCUUGAAGAGGUAAUGGUGAAAGUGAAUUUUCAUUUUUUUUUUUAGCUUCGCAUUAGAUUUAGCCUGUUUUAUUAUCCCUAACCACUAUUUUUAUUGAGCCAGGUAGGUACUUAGUGAUACAAGGAAGUAUAUAAAAUAUUGCUUCCUGCUUUAGAAAAGGUUAUAGCUUUGAUGGGGAGAGGAGCCCUGGUGGCACCCUGGUUAAGAGAUCAGCUGCUAAGCAAAAGGUCAGCAGUUUGAAUCUACCAGCUGCCCCUUGGAAACCUUAUGGGGCACUUCUACUCUGUCCUGUAGGGUCACUAUGACUUGGAAACCACUCAACGGCAACGGUUUUUUAACAAAUAGUUAAAUGCCAGAUGAAGACAGAAUAGAAAAGCUAUAUACAAGGUAGUACAAACUGAUGUUAAAAAAUCUGUUUGGGGAAUUUAGGUAAAGGAGAUAUCACUUGAAAGUUCAGUAGAAUUGGGAUAAGUGAGGCAAGAAGACAUUUAGGUAAGCUAAUGGCAGUGUGGAGAGUCCCUGGAUGUGUCAAAUGGUUAAGCACUUCACUACUUGCUGAAAGGUUGAUGGUUCGAACCCACCCAGAGGUGCCUUGGAAGACAGGUCUGGUGAUCUGCUUCCAAAAGAUCACAGACUUGAAAACCCUGUGGAGCAGUUCUGCUCUGCACGCGUGGGAUUACCAUGAUUCAGAAUCAACUCGAUAGCAACUAGCAACAAUAGUGACAGUGUAGACCAAGAGCAUAGGGAUGUGCUAGGUGGAUUGAUGGGUGAGGAGGAAAUUAAAGGUAAAAAUAUGAAAGUAUCCAUUUGUACCUUAUGAGCCAAAUUGAAAGAUUUGGGGAAAAGUAUUAAUGCUAGAGUAAUAGAAAGGAUUAUGGGGAAAUAAAAAUGAAUACGUUGGAAUUGCUGUUUAUCAUAACUGCUGCGUUUGACAUUAUUAAACAGCCUUGGAAAAACUUUUAGUUUAACUUCUGAUAUGAUACAGUUUGUUCAUCUUCUUCCUGUUGAUCAUGUCCUGUUUCUGAUCCAAAAUUCUAUAUUUACCUUUUCAGGGCCAAGAUAACACUUUUCUUUUUUGGUUCACUGUUAAGAGAACUAGUAGAAAAUUAAUCUUCCUAUGGCCUGGGGACUCGAAAGGCCCGGAUUUCUUUUCUCUAUUAACUAUAUUUCUUUAUAAAAUAUGAAGAUGAUGCAUAUGAUUUUGAAGACCUUUCUGCACAGAAAUGAGGGAAAUACAAAGAACCAAAUACAGUUCUGAAAUUUGGGAUCUGUAUGUUGAGGUGAUUUUAUCUUCAGAAUGAGAAGCAUAUCUGGUUAUACUUAUGAAUGUAGAGACAUGAGAAGAGAGUUAUGAUGGCAAAAAACAGAGAGCCUCGUCCCCCAUCCUAUACUAUCAGUGUAGUUGGACUUUCUGGGACUGAAAAAGACAAAGGUAACUGUGGAGUUGGAAAAUCUUGUUUGUGCAAUAGAUUUGUACGCUCAAAGGCAGAUGAGUAUUAUCCAGAGCAUACUUCUGUGCUUAGCACGAUUGACUUUGGAGGACGAGUAGUGAACAAUGACCACUUUUUGUACUGGGGUGACAUAACACAAAAUGGUGAAGAUGGAAUAGAAUGCAAAAUUCAUGUCGUUGAACAGACAGAGUUCAUUGAUGACCAGACUUUCUUGCCUCAUCGGAGUACGAAUUUGCAACCAUAUAUAAAACGUGCAGCUGCCACUAAAUUGCAGUCAGCUGAAAAACUGAUGUACAUUUGCACUGAUCAACUAGGCUUGGAACAAGACUUUGAACAGAAGCAAAUGCCUGAAGGAAAGCUCAAUGUGGAUGGAUUUUUAUUGUGCAUUGAUGUAAGUCAGGGAUGCAAUAGGAAGUUUGAUGAUCAACUUAAAUUUGUGAAUAACCUUUUUGUCCAGCUAUCAAAAUCAAAAAAACCUGUAAUAAUAGCAGCAACUAAAUGUGAUGAAUGUGUGGAUCAUUAUCUGAGAGAAGUUCAGGCAUUUGCUUCCAACAAAAAGAACCUUCUUGUUGUGGAAACAUCAGCACGAUUUAAUGUCAACGUUGAGACGUGUUUCACUGCACUGGUACAAAUGUUGGAUAAAACUCGUGGCAAGCCUAAAAUUAUUCCUUAUCUGGAUGCUUAUAAAACACAGAGACAACUUGUUGUUACAGCAACAGAUAAGUUUGAAAAACUUGUGCAAACUGUGAGAGAUUAUCAUGCAACUUGGAAAACUGUUAGUAAUAAAUUAAAAAAUCAUCCUGACUAUGAAGAAUACAUCAACUUAGAGGGAACUAAAAAGGCCAGAAAUACAUUUUCAAAACAUAUAGAGCAACUUAAACAGGAACAUAUAAGAAAAAGGAGAGAAGAAUAUAUAAAUACUUUACCAAGAGCUUUUAACACCCUUUUGCCAAAUCUAGAAGAGAUUGAACAUUUAAAUUGGUCAGAAGCUUUGAAGUUAAUGGAAAAGAGAGCAGAUUUCCAGUUAUGUUUUGUGGUGCUAGAAAAAACACCUUGGGAUGAAACUGACCAUAUAGACAAAAUUAAUGAUAGACGGAUUCCAUUUGACCUCCUGAGCACUUUAGAAGCUGAAAAAGUCUAUCAGAACCAUGUUCAACAUCUAAUAUCGGAGAAGAGGAGGGUAGAAAUGAAGGAAAAAUUCAAAAAGACUUUGGAAAAAAUUCAGUUCAUUUCACCUGGACAGCCAUGGGAGGAAGUUAUGUGCUUUGUUAUGGAGGAUGAAGCCUUUAAAUAUAUCACUGAGGCUGAUAGUAAAGAGGUAUAUGGUAGGCAUCAGCGAGAAAUAGUUGAAAAAGCCAAAGAAGAGUUUCAGGAAAUGCUUUUUGAGCAUUCUGAACUUUUUUACGAUUUAGAUCUUAAUGCAACACCUAGUUCAGAUAAAAUGAGUGAAAUUCAUACAGUUCUGAGUGAAGAACCUAGAUAUAAAGCUUUACAGAAACUUGCACCUGAUAGGGAAUCUCUUCUACUUAAGCACAUAGGGUUUGUUUAUCACCCAACUAAAGAAACAUGUCUUAGUGUCCAAAAUUGCACUGACAUUAAAGUGGAGCAGUUACUUGCCCGUAGUCUUUUGCAGUUGGAUCAUGGCCGCUUACGGUUGUAUCAUGAUAGUACCAAUAUAGAUAAAGUUAACCUUUUCAUUUUAGGAAAAGAUGGCCUUGCCCAAGAACUAGCAAAUGAGAUAAGGACACAGUCUACUGAUGAUGAGUAUGCCUUAGAUGGAAAAAUUUAUGAACUUGAUCUUCUGCCAGUUGAUGCCAAAUCGCCUUACUUUUUAAGUCAGUUAUGGACUGCCGCCUUUAAACCACAUGGGUGCUUCUGUGUAUUUAAUUCCAUUGAGUCACUGAAUUUUAUUGGGGAAUUUAUUGGAAAAAUAAGAACUGAAGCUUCUCAGAUCAGAAAAGAUAAAUAUAUGGCUAAUCUUCCAUUUACAUUAAUUCUGGCUAAUCAGAGAGAUUCUAUUUGUAAGAAUCUACCAAUUCUCAGGCACCAAGGGCAGCAAUUGGCAAAUAAAUUACAGUGUCCUUUUGUAGAUGUACCGGCUGGUACAUACCCUCGUAAAUUUAAUGAAACCCAAAUAAAGCAAGCGCUAAGAGGAGUACUGGAAUCAGUUAAACAUAAUUUAGAUGUGGUGAACCCAGUUCCCACCAACAAGGAUGUAUCAGAAGCUGACUUGAGAAUUGUCAUGUGUGCCAUGUGCGGUGAUCCAUUUAGCGUGGAUCUUAUUCUUUCACCUUUCCUUGAUUCUCAUUCUUGCAGCGCUGCUCAAGCUGGACAGAAUAAUUCCCUAAUGCUUGAUAAAAUUAUUGGUGAAAAAAGGAGGCGAAUACAGAUCACAAUAUUAUCGUAUCAUUCCUCAAUUGGGGUAAGGAAAGAUGAACUGGUUCAUGGUUAUAUAUUAGUUUACUCUGCCAGGCGGAAAGCAUCAAUGGGAAUGCUUCGAGCAUUUCUAUCAGAAGUUCAGGAUACCAUUCCUGUACAGCUGGUGGCAGUUACCGACAGCCAAGCAGAUUUUUUUGAGAAUGAGGCCAUCAAGGAGUUAAUGACUGAAGGAGAACACAUAGCAACUGAGAUCACUGCUAAGUUUACUGCGUUGUAUUCUUUAUCUCAGUACCAUCGGCAGACUGAGGUCUUUACUCUGUUUUUCAGCGAUGUUCUAGAGAAAAAAAAUAUGAUAGAAAAUUCCUAUUUGUCUGAUAAUACAAGGGAGUCAACACAUCAAAGUGAAGAUGUUUUUCUACCAUCUCCCAGGGACUGUUUUCCGUAUAACAACUACCCUGAUUCAGAUGAUGACACAGAAGCACCUCCUCCUUAUAGUCCAAUUGGGGAUGAUGUGCAGUUGCUCCCACCAGCUCCUGACCGAUCGAGAUAUAGAUUAGAUUUGGAAGGAAAUGAAUAUCCUAUUCAUAGCACCCCAAACUGUCAUGACCAUGAACGCAACCAUAAAGUGCCUCCACCUAUUAAACCUAAACCAGUUGUACCUAAGACAAAUGUGAAGAAACUGGAUCCAAACCUUCUGAAAACAAUCGAAGCUGGUAUUGGUAAAAAUCCAAGAAAGCAGACUUCCCGGGUGCCCUUGGCACAUCCAGAAGAGACGGAUCCUUCAGAUAACUAUGCGGAACCCAUGGACACGAUUUUCAAACAGAAGGGCUAUUCUGAUGACAUUUAUGUUGUUCCAGAUGAUAGUCAGAAUCGUAUUAUUAAAAUCCAAAACUCAUUUGUCAAUAACACCCAAGGAGAUGAAGAAAACGGAUUUUCUGAUAGAACCUCAAAAAGCCAUGGGGAGCGGAGGCCUUCGAAAUACAAAUAUAAAUCUAAAACUUUGUUUAGCAAAGCCAAAUCAUACUAUAGAAGAACACAUUCAGAUGCAAGUGAUGAUGAGGCUUUCACUACUUCUAAAACAAAAAGAAAAGGAAGACAUCGUGGAAGUGAAGAAGAUCCACUUCUCUCUCCUGUUGAAACUUGGAAAGGUGGUAUUGAUAAUCCUGCAAUCACUUCAGACCAGGAGUUGGAUGAUAAGAAAAUGAAGAAGAAAACCCACAAAAUAAAAGAAGAUAAAAAGCAGAAAAAGAAAACUAAGAACUUUAAUCCACCAACACGUAGAAAUUGGGAAAGUAAUUACUUUGGGAUGCCUCUCCAGGAUCUGAUUACAGCUGAGAAGCCCAUACCACUAUUUGUUGAAAAAUGUGUGGAGUUUAUUGAAGAUACAGGGUUAUGUACUGAAGGACUCUACCGUGUUAGCGGGAACAAAACUGAUCAAGACAAUAUUCAGAAGCAGUUUGAUCAAGAUCAUAAUAUCAAUCUAGUAUCAAUGGAAGUAACAGUAAAUGCUGUAGCUGGAGCUCUUAAAGCAUUCUUUGCAGACCUGCCAGAUCCUUUAAUUCCAUAUUCUCUUCAUCCAGAGCUGUUGGAAGCAGCAAAAAUCCCGGAUAAGACAGAACGUCUUCAUGCAUUGAAAGAAAUUGUUAAGAAAUUCCAUCCUGUAAACUAUGAUGUAUUCAGAUACGUAAUAACACAUCUAAACAGGGUUAGUCAGCAAAAUAAAAUCAACCUAAUGACAGCAGACAACUUAUCCAUCUGUUUUUGGCCAACCUUGAUGAGACCAGAUUUUGAAAAUAGAGAGUUUCUGUCUACCACUAAGAUCCAUCAGUCUGUUGUUGAAACUUUCAUUCAACAGUGUCAGUUUUUCUUUUACAAUGGAGAAAUUGUAGAAACUGCAAAUACUGUGGCUCCUCCACCCCCUUCAAACCCAGGACAGUUGGUGGAACCAAUGGUACCACUUCAGUUACCGCCACCAUUGCAACCUCAGCUGAUACAACCACAAUUACAGACGGAUCCUCUUGGUAUUAUAUAAGUAGGAAGUCAUAGCAGACAGCCUGAAAUCGGACAGAAAGCAGAUCUAGACAUGCAUGUUUCAGGGUCCAGUAGUAUACUUCAUGAUUCUUACAGAUAAUUAACAUUCAAAAUGAUGAGACAUUUUCUCUUCGGACUAUAUGGUAUUCCUUAUUCAUUUACAUUACAGAUCUAAGACCAUGUGAUAAGCAUGACUGGAGAAGUUUAAUUUUUAUAAACAAAAUAUAGCUAUAAAAUACCAAGCUGCUGCUGCAUGCAACUUUAUUGCAAUCAGUGUAUCAUUCCUGUGGCAAUUUCUGUCACAUUAUAUUGUGAAUAAAAUUUUUCUAUAGCAAUUAAAUGAUUUAAAAACCCACGUAUAUGAAACAUUUAAUGCUUUCACCCUGCUUUAUGGCCGGUUUUGUUAUUUGAUGUGCUAAUUUGGCUAUUUAAUUUACAUUCUAGCAGUCUGUGUAGAUAACUUAAAAGCCCAGUUAUGUAUUUUAUAAUUUCAGGCUGCUUAAUUUUAUGCCAUGCUUGGGAUGUUAUUUGAAAGAAAGAAAAAAAUAUAUACUUGAUGUAUUUCAUAUUUCUGCGCCUUCAUCUUUACUUCUACUAAGCCUGUGGAUGAUUUGAUGAGGGGUAAACAAACAUAUUUCUUGUACACACAUACCAAGGACAUGCUUGUGGCUUAAGUGAGUUGAUAAUGUUGUGCAAAGAUAGCUGUCACCAACUCAUUUCUUUUUGACCCACAAUGAAAUAAACAUUUUGUAUACUGUUAAUUCUGUAAACAAAUGCAUGUUCAAAAGAUCUUUGAUGGUCUUGUAAUCUUAAUCUAAUAUAUUUUAGAUAUUUUAAUUUUUUCCCUCUUGGGGAAUACAUGUAGUGUAGAAAAUAGUUCAUGACAUUUUCAUAUAAGGUUAUCUAACUUUUCAUACAUAAACAUGAAGUUUGUUGUAGAAAAUUCUUUAAACCAAACGUUUUAAUCUAGGACUUCAAUUUAAUCUGUUCCUUGAAUCUAUUUUUGUGUGGCCCUUAAAAACAUAUCCAAAAAUCCAUUGCUAAUAUAGCAAUAAAAAUACUUUGGGUACUGACAGCCUCUUUGGAGUGUGUAUAUAUAUAAUUACAAACAUGUAUCCAUAUUUUUUUCUGUGAUAUGUUGUACUAAAAUCCAAAAUGGCUUUUGCACCAUUUUGUAAACCACUAUUUUCUUUUAAUGUUGGUACCAGAUUUGUUAUAAACGACUGCUGCUUUGAGGAUUAAACAUUUUGUUAGUGAAGAUACAACCAGAACACUAAAUUAUGGAUAAAGUUUUCAGAAUAGAUGGCAUAUAGGUAAAUUGUUUUGUUAGACUUUAUUCAAAAUUUUUUGAUUAUUAAGCCAUUCCCCCCCCCCCCCCGCUUUUUUUUUCUUUUUCUGGAAAGGAAAAAAAUGGCCUGUUUUUCAUUGCUAGGUUAUAUUUUGUAUAGUAAAGAAAAAAUGAUUUGGUCAUUGUUGUGAUACCUUCACUCAUAACACAAUUUCAAGGUUGUCUUAUGUGUAUUAUAGUAAAUAGAUGAUUUUGAGAUUCAAGGCUCCUAAGAGUUUGAUUUGCUACAUUUUUUCCUGAAAUAAAUACUGACUUGCCCAAC